AGUUGGGUGUCAGAAAUUAAAAGAGAAGAAAAUGCAAUGCACUUUGACACUGAAACAGGUUCAGGAAUGGAAGAUCAUUUGCCUCCAGUUCGUGGCUCCAGCAGCUCUGUUCAUGUCACCAAGGAAAAACAUUCUGAAAGUAGACCAGCUAAAAAGAAAAUUCCAAGAGAUUAUGCAGAAUGGGAUAAAUUUGAUGUGGAAAAGGAGUGUGCAAAAAUUGAUGAAGAUUACAAAGAAAAGAUUGUUAUAGACAACAAGGCACAUCUGUCUAAAAUUGAGACAAGCCUAGAUACUGCAGGUCUAACUGAAAAGGAAAAGGGUUUCCUUGCUACCCGGGAAAAGGAAAAAGGAAAUGAGGCUUUCAACUCCGGAGAUUAUGAGGAGGCAGUGAUGUAUUACACCAGGAGCAUAUCAGCAUUCCCCACUGUGGCUGCCUAUAACAAUCGAGCUCAAGCAGAAAUCAAGCUGCAGAACUGGAACAGUGCUUUCCGGGACUGUGAGAAGGUCUUGGAGUUAGAGCCUGGAAAUGUAAAGGCUCUUCUGCGUCGUGCCACUACAUAUAGGCAUCAAAAUAAGCUCCAGGAAGCUGCUGAAGAUUUGAGAAAAGUACUGGAUGCUGAGCCUGAUAAUGAUUUGGCCAAGAAGACCUUGUCAGAGGUUGAAAGAGAUCUGAAAAAUUCUGCAUCUGCAUCGAAGACGAAAACCAAUGGGAAAAGGAUGAUUAUUGAAGAGGUAGAAAACUCAGAAGAUGAAGACAGAAAGGAAAGUGAAAGCAAACAUGAGGAUGGCAGUACAGAUAAGGCCCCAGCCAUGGGCAACAUCCAGAAGAAGCUGAUGAGCAAGAGUGGUCGGAGUGACGGCGGCCGGUUGCUGGCCAGGGCCCGGGUGCCAAGGCUCGGUGCGGACCAGCGGGGCGGGUCGCCGGCCACCUCCGCGGCGGGCGGCGGUGCCAACGGGCAGCCUGACGGCGGGCGGGGCGCCGGGGAUCCCGGGGACCCCAAUACCGCGGCCGAGGCCAGCACCGCGCCCAGCCCCGCCGGCCUCAAGAGCCAGGGCAACGAGCUGUUUCGGAGCGGGCAGUUCUCGGAGGCGGCCCGCGCCUACUCUGCGGCCAUCGCGCAGCUGGAGCCAGCAGGAAGCGAAAGUGCAGAUGAUCUAAGUGUAUUAUAUUCAAAUAGAGCAGCGUGUCACCUAAAAGAAGGAAACUGCAGUGGCUGCAUUCAAGAUUGUCACAGGGCUCUGGAACUUCAACCAUUCUCAGUGAAACCUCUUCUGCGAAGAGCCAUGGCCUAUGAAACUUUGGAGCAGUUCGGGAAAGCUUACGUGGAUUAUAAAACAGCGCUGCAAAGAGACUGUGGAAUCCAGCUCGCGAACAACAGUAUUAACAGAAUAACAAGAAUAUUGAUGGAACUAGAUGGACCAAAUUGGCGGGAGAAGCUGCCACCCAUUCCUGCUGUGCCCUCUUCCCAGCCAUUGCGAACUUGGUGUCCUGCAACAGAGAUGACGCCAGGCCACACAGGAGAUCCCAGUGGCCGUAGCCUACCGAGCAUCUCAGGUGAACAAAUGUUUAAAGCCCUUAAGGAAGAAGGAAAUCAAUACGUAAAGGACAGAAACUAUAAAGAUGCUCUUGGUAAAUAUAGUGAGUGCUUAAAGAGUAACAACAAGGAGUGUGCCGUGUAUACAAACAGAGCUCUCUGUUACUUGAAAUUAGGACAAUUUGAAGAGGCAAAGCAGGACUGUGACCAGGCACUUCAGAUAGACAAUGGGAAUGUGAAAGCAUGCUAUAGACGAGCACUCGCUCAUAAAGGACUCAAGUACUGUAAGUACUCCACUCUGGAUCCAAAUAUUGUUGAAGCAAAGACUGAACUGGAAGAGAUAACCAGAAUCCUUAAUUUUAAGGAUAAUACAGCAUCACCCAGCAAAAGAAAGGAGAGAAAGAAAAUUGAAAUUCAAGAGGUAAAUGAAGGCCAUGAAGAGGAACCUGAAAGAACCUCAGAGGUCACCCCUGACUGCCUGCCUUCUGAGAAAGGGGAUGAAAGCAGUAGGCCUCCAGAAUACUCUGAAAGACUUCACAUCUUCAAGCCUAAUAAUGCCUAUGAGUUUGGUCAGAUUAUAAAUGCUGUCAACACUAGGAAAGACGAGGAAGCCUGUGCACGCCUUUUAGCCAUCACAGCACCAAAUGACUUGCCAGUGUUGUUGAGUAACAAACUUGAAGGGGAUAUGUUCCUUCUCCUCCUUCAGUCUCUGAAAAAUCAUCUUAUUGACAAGGAUCCCUCCUUGGUGUAUCAGCAUCUUUUGUAUCUCAGUAAAGCAGAAAGGUUUAAGAUGACAUUGACACUAAUUAGCAGAGGCCAAAAGGAGCAAAUUAAACAGCUAUUUGAUGAUCUUUCAGACACACAGACCAACCAUUUUACUUUAGAAGAUAUUCAGGCCCUAAAAAGGCAGUAUGAGCUUUAACUCAAGAUCACUGUUAAUUCUUCCAUGCAUGUAUGAGUUCCUGUAAGUCUGAUAAGAUGGAUUAUAAGAUUCUCUGGUCUGGACUG